AUCAAAUCUACUUGUUGAGGCAACAAGAUGAGAUCUCUCUCAGUCCUCUUCCUAAUUGGGUGUGUAGCUUCUGGCUAUAUUCAGCCCCAUGGGUGGACUCAUUCUCAAGAGUAUAGAUAUAAAUACUCUUCCCAAGUUCUUACUGGGAUUAAAGAGCUUAAUAGCCAAUAUUCUGGUGUUAGGCUUUUUGCUCAAGUUCGAAUUCAGCCUAGACAAGAUUCUACCUGCAGAAUUCAGCUUGAUAACCCAAGAUUUGUCAGCUAUAAUGAUAUUCUUGAGUGGAGUCAGGAUAGACUUGUUUCCUCUGGUAAUGAGGAAAAUAUACCUAGCAACAUCAAAACUUGGCUGAAAACUCCUUUCACCGUUUUCCACAAGAGGGGAUUAGUUGAAAAGAUUCAAACUGAAAAUGGAGAACCUGAAUUCAUUGUUAACAUGAAAAAGGCUCUUGUCUCAAAACUUCAGUAUGAUCUGUCCAAUGUUGAUUCUCAAAAUGUUCAAGGACAAAACAACCAAGUUCAGAGAGGAAACCAGGUUGAGUCUCUUCCCAUUUUUAAAAACCAAGAAUCAUCUGUCCUGGGAAAAUGUGAAACUGUAUAUGCAAUUAACAAGCUGCCUUCCUACUUAGUCAAAGAAUUUGAAGAUGCUGAAAACAAAAGACCCAUUCAACAGGCUUCUGAUGCUGGAAAUGAUCAUUCUGACAAUCAGAAUGCUGGAUCAAAGGCUUGUGAAGGAAAGGAGUAUUUUGAAAUCAUCAAGACUAAAAAUCUUGACAUGUGCUCAGAUCGCCCAGUUUUCCAUAAGAGCUAUGGUAUCUGGUCUAAGACUGAUGGAUCUGGAGCUUCUUCUUAUCCUUCUUCCUCUUCUCAUAUCAGAACUAUUAUCUGUGGAUCCCUUCAAGAUUACAUCAUUCGCAAGGUUGUCUCUGAAAACAAAAUCAUUUCCAGUGCUUCUGGAAGGUAUGAAAGCAAUGAGAAAUUGAGCAUUACAUCUUUCUCUACCCUUGAUCUUGAAUCUGUUGAUUCAGUCAGAGAUGAAAUUUCUGAGCCAUCUUCACCCAAAGGAUAUCCAUCUUUGGUUUUUGAAUAUCCCUCUGGAAGUUCAGCAAGCAGCAAAUCAAUGAGACAAGAACAGAAGCAACAGCAAGGACAGCAAAGUCAGCAAUCUGGACAACAACAGGGACAACAAACUCAGUUUGAAGAUUCCUUAGAAAAACAUGCUCCUAUUCCAGAUAUGACAUCAGCUCCAAAGCACUUCAUCCCAAGACCUGAAGACCAAAGAGAUUUAAAACAAAAUGUUGUUGAUCUCUUUGCAGAAAUCAUUGAGUCUGCCGAGCAGAUGAAUGAAAGCUCAAAGAAAGAUAAGGAUGUUGCUGCUCUUUCAGUUCUUGCUUCCAGAGCUCUCAGCCAACUUAGCUAUAAUGAGUUGAAAGAAGUUGAAAGUAAUAUUCGGGCACAGUAUGGAAAUGGACGAUAUGAAGUUGUGAUUCAAAAGGUUUUCUUUGACCUCAUUUCAAUGGUUGCCACCAACCCUUGCAUGAAAUUGAUCAAGGACAAAGUUGUUUCAGGAGAAAUCAAUCAAGAUCCAGCAUCCUGGUCCUGGAUUCUCUCUAAUGCUUUGAGAUCUGUAAAAACACCUACUGAGGAGCUUCUCGGAGAAUUGGUUGACCUUUUGAAGACAGAAAAUAUUCAAAAGAACAGAGUUGUCAGAGCUGCUUAUGCAAUGGGACUUACUCAACUAAUUAACAAGGCUUGUGUCGAUUCUCAGAGCAUAAGGAAUAAUUUCCCAUACAAAAUCUAUGGACAAUUCUGCAACAAAGAUAUGAAUGUCAUCAAGAACAACCUUGUUCCAUACCUUGCUCAGAAACUUCAAGAAUCUUCUAAAGAUGACUUAUCUACUCUCCUCACAUAUGUAAAUGCUCUUGGAAAUUUAAACAUUGAAGAAUCCACAAUAGAACUCCUCAAAGUGGUUGAAGGAAGACUUUCUAGUCCCAGCCAUCCAAGAGCUGUUGCUAUUUAUAAACUUAUUAAUGCUGCCAUGAACAAUCCCAGCGUCUACAGACCUGUUUUCAAAUCUAUUAUUGAGAAUGUUGCUGAGACUCCUGAGGUUAGGAUUGCUGCUAUUACUGCUUUGACUUAUAGUUCUCCCACUACUGCUGAUCUUCAGAAAUUGGCUAUCAGAACUUGGUUUGAACCUUCCAGACAGGUUUCUAGUUACAUUUACUCAACCCUGAAAAUGCUGAGCCAACUUCAAGGAUCUUUGCCUGAGCUUGAAUUAAUCAAGGAAAAGGCAUCUACCACUCUUUCCCUUGCUAAACCCAGCAAGGAAGGAUACCAAAACUCUCGUAAUAUGCACUUUACCCGUUUAGUCGAAAGCCUUCGUUCUUCAGUUCAUCACAAAGUUCAAUGGGUCUCCUCAGAAGAAUCUUUCUUUCCUAAAUCUAUCCAUGCCAAGGCUGAAAUGAGAGGACAAGACAGUAAUGUUGAGGCUGUAGAAGCUAACUUGUAUAUGCAAGGAGUUGAGAAUGUCAUUGAGAAGCUCCAAGAUUUGUAUGAAAACCUUAAGGUUCACAGCAACAACCAACAAUCUGAAUUGAACAAUAACAAAAGGGAAACCCAAGAAAAGAUGAGACAGCUUAACAUUCAAGACAGAGAAUAUAAGAAACCGGAGGCUCACUUGACUCUGAAGUUCAUGGGACUUCAAAAGUUGUACUCCCUGGAUGAUAAAAUGGUUGCUGAUAUUGCACAAAAAAUUUCUUCUGGUAUCCUGGAACAAGGUUCACAACUUGAGCAGGAGUUGAAAGGAGAAUACAUGAAGAUUAUUGAUCUUAAUGGAGCUGAUUAUGCAUUCCCAACUGAAUCUGGAAUGCCUGCAUUCAUUUCCAGGAGAAACCCUACUGUUGCAUAUAGCAAAUUCCAAAUGAGAGCAGAAAGAGUUUCUGGAGGAAGACCAAAAGUUGACUUGAAGGUGAAAGGUGUUACCAACUACAUGAGACAGGUUGUUGCUGGUGUUGUGUCUCCCAUUACUCAAAAGUUCCAUGUUGCUGCAGUUGAAACUUCUGUACAUGUUGCCGUACCUUUGAUUGCUGAAGUUUCUUAUAGAUCAAAUGGCCAAGUACAAGUUUCCAUCAAAAACUCUGAGGAGCCAGAAUUCCAGAGAGAAAAAACUCUCUUUGAGUUUGAUGUCCACCCAUACACCACUUCUCAUAGUCUUUCUGAGCUCAAGCCACUUGUAAAGGGCAGUGAAAGGAAAACAAUUAAUAGCAGACAUGCUGAAAAACAGAGAGAACUGAAUAUUGGAAAACCUUUUGGACUUGAUGCCAAGAUUCAGGUCAGGACUGAACAAUCGGGAAUUGACCUUUACAAGCUCUGGGAUGAUCUGAAGGUUAAUGUUCCAAUGUUCCUUGGAUCUCUACCCAAUCCUGUUACAUCUAGCAAGAGAACCACAAUUGUCAUCAGCCACAAUCCCCAAAACUCUGAAGUCAAGCAAUUGGACUUUUCACUCAAUAUUGGAAUUGCUUCCAAGGAAGGAAUAUACCAGCAAACUCAGAUUAAAGGAGUUCAAUCAUUUGACCAAGAAGGAGAAAUUCAAAGAAUCUGCUCUGAACAGGCAUCUAAUCAAGACCAAAAUACCUGCCAAGAACAGCUGAGACAAAGCAUCCAAUCUCCUGAAGCUGAAAUUGUCAAAACAUGCCAAGAUCUAAAAAAUCUUGAGAACCAGAGACAGCAACAGCAACAGCUGAUGCAACAACAACAACAGCAACAGAAACAGAAGAUCCAACAAGCUCACCAACAACAACUGAAUCAAGCAAAUCAACAAGCCGAACAAGAACAGCAACAACAAGAACAGCAGCUAAAACAACAACAGCAACAGCAGCAGCAAGAACAACUUUUCAGCCAAUGUAAGGCAGAAAGACAGCUUUGCAAAGAGGAAAGAAAGCGUUGCAAUCAAGAGCAACAACAAAGAGGCCGAGACAAGCACAACUGUCAGGUUAUUGAAGACCUUUGCAAUCAAAGACAGAAAUCAAGACAGGCCCUUCGCAAAGUUCUUCAAAAACUGGAAACUGGAAAUGCCAUCACUAUUUCAAUGGACACUGUCCUAAGAGGUAACCAGGCAUCUCAAAACAGAAAGUUGCAGACCAGAGUCACAAUCGGAGAGAAGAAAACCCAAGGAAGAUCUGAGGUAACUCAAGUUACCAUGAAGAUGUCCCUGAAGACUCCAAAUAUGAGACAACCCCUAGAUGCCCAGGUCCAAGCAAAUGGCCAGAUCAGAAGACCAGCUCAGAAAUGGAAUAAUGAUGAAAUUCUUGCAGAAGACAAAUCUGCUAAAAUUCUUAUUAACGCUGAUUAUGGAAUGAGAGGAGAAGAAAUCAAGACAAUCAAAGCAUCUAUUAUUGCAUUCCAGUCUGACAGACAAAAGGAUUUUGUUAAGGAAUCUGAUGAGUACAAGAGAUGUUCUCAAGAUGAGUCCCAGGGUAGAAAACUGACCAAGAGUUGCAAGGAAACAAGACAUCAUGCUGCUUCCCUUGACAUGGUUCAUGCUAAAUUGUCUCUUCCAAAAACAAUUGCUGAAAACAGAUAUACUGAGAUGGUUACUGAUCUUGCAAAGAUCUACUAUCUCCCUCUUCUAUCACAGAAAAGCAUUGAUAACAGACAAUCUGGUGAUCAUAAGGAAUAUGAAGUUGAAGUUGAUGUGUCAGGGAAUGGAGAACUUUUGUCUGCUAAGAUUUCUGGAAACGGUGAAGAAGUUAGAGUAAAAAAUGUUCGUCUUGGAAGUGCUGCCAAGGGCCUGCUCCCUAUCUGUACUAAAGAUACAUUGGCUACCAGAGUUCUUCAGAAAGCGACUUCAUUCAAUGCUCCCAGCUCUUGUGUUCUUGAGAAUCGCAAGGUUAAAACAUUUGACAAAAUGGAAUAUGAUUUCUCUAUCAAUGACUGUGAGCAUGUUGUAUUCACAGAAACAUCAUCAAGACCCAAGAUCACAGUUUCCACCAAGCAGACUCCUGAAAAGCAACUAGUGAUUAUGGUUGUUGAUGGGCACAAGUAUGAAGUUGAGAUCAAAAAGCAAUCUAGACAUUCUAGAGAAAACAAAGCUAUUGUCAGAGUAAACGGACAAGAAAAGCAGUGGGCUUCUCCAGAACAGCAAAGGCAACAACAACAAGAAGAACAACAACAGCAAAAGCAAGAGCAGCAACAAUUGCAGCAGCUCCAGCAACAACAAAAUUCCCAGCAACAAAACCAACAAUUGCAAAAACUCCAACAACUUCAGAAGCAACAAGCACAAGCACAAAAACAACAAUUCCAAGAUCUGAAACAAAAUGUCUAUGAUGACCAAGACACUUAUGUAGUCAACUUCAAGGAUGGAGUCUACUCCAUUGUUUCCAAGAAGUAUGGAGUUUCUGUUUUAGCUGAUGGAGAAAGAAUGGAAGUCAAGAGCUACCAACAUUUCCUCAGAAAUAGAGUCACUGGUCUUUGCGGAGAUAUGAAUGGUGAAAAGACUGCAGAUCUCAAAUCGUCUAAGAAAUGCGUCAUGUCUGAACCUAAGCUUUCAGCUCUUACUUUCAUGCUUGAAGAUGGAAAAUGCAGAGGUCUCUUAGAACAAGACAAAGUUGAACUUAGAAGACAAGAACAGGGAUGUGUCAGAAGGGAAGAGAACCCUACUAAAGUGUCUGAUAUCUUCAGAAAAUCUCUUGAAUCAAAGAGGCAACCAGAACUUCGUCACAUUGUUGAACAAACUAGAGGAAAGACCUGUAUUUCUAAGGAAUUGGUCAGAGUCUGCAAUACCAAUUAUCCAUCUGAGGUCAGAGCUAAACAAGCAAGAUUUGCUUGCCUGGAAAGUUCCCAAAACGAGGUUUUGAGAAGACGUGCUAUUGCUGGGGACCAAGUUGAGGAGCUAGAGAGACUUCCCACUCAGUAUACCCAAACUGUCUAUGAAUCUAAACAGUGUUAAAUAUCUCUAUUUGAGAUGAGUUGAGUUUUCUAAUUAGAAAUAAACUGCAUUUUUGA